UUGCUUACAGCGGCACGGCACCAUCCUUGGGAAAUGUCAAAUUUUGUAAACAAAACAUCCAAACAAACUUCACAGAACCGCAUGUGCCGUACUCGCUCGGAAUGGAAGCUAAAUCAUUUAUGCACAGUUUGAUACGGCCAGAGUAUCAAGGGAAGUCGACAGAAAACCAUAUUGUGAGGCUGAAAUACUUUCGUGCCAAGAACCAAAAGCAGCCAAAAAAACCGACCAAUAAAAAGAAACUUUCGCGCAAAGAAAUCAAAGAGCUAGGCCUGUACACCUUACCACCAGACACGGUCAAGUACGCAGAUGCCUUAAAGCUGCAUCGGGUGUGGCGUGGAUAUUAUCAAACUAUUUUCCCUGAAAUGCAGCCAGACGUUACCGAUCCCGAGUACGAUAAGGUUAUAGCUAGCCUGCUGAAGGCAGACUAUCACGGUGCGAAGAUACAGAUCGUCCGGUCGAAGCAGUCCAGCGUGGUAGGAAUGAAAGGAAUCGUUGUGCUGGAUACGAAAGGCACCUUCAAGAUGGUGUCGAAGGACGAUAAAUUGCGCACGAUACCGAAAAGGGAUUCCCAGUUUGAAGUGAUCUGCGGAGAUCGGAUGGUGACCAUAUUCGGUAAACAUCUAAGUGCCCGGCCAGCGGAACGAGCAGUGAAGAAGUUAAAAAUAUUUGCAAUUCCUGAUUUAUAAGCGAACGGAAUGUGAUGAUAUAUUAUAAGUACAAUGUACGAUGUUCAAUUCACUAUAUGUACCGACUUUAAGGUAACACAAAUGAAUCACGUAUGAGACGCAAAUCCGUCGCCGAACAUAGCACAUAAGAAUUUCAAUGUUAGAAAACUACUUUCUGCGCUCCAAAUAGCGACAUUAGAACUUGAAGGAAGAAGAAUUAGCUUGCAGAUCGGCUACCGAGUUAGAGAAAUACGAUUUAUGAAAGGAAUUUACUUCAUUGGAAUCUUGUAAUUGGUUAGUUAAAAAACUUACAAAAGAUUGAAUUCUCCCAUUGCUUAAUUUCUGUAAAACAUAAAUACAAUAGUCUGCAUGAAACAAAUCCUUUCCCUGUUUUGAAGUUGCUAGCUUUACUUGUGCUACGAUCCAACAGAUGUCGCUUUUGGGUCAUAUUUCAAAUUUAGGGAUAUUUUUUUGUUCGCCAUUAUCUGCCUGAAUCGGGUUGAAAUUGAGAGAAAAUAGAAUGAAUUUCGUUUAAAUAUGAUAAUAAACGUUCCAAACUGAAUAGCAGGUACGAGAACUCCAAGAAAUUAGGGUACGUUACGGACCAGGAAGCAACUUUUACCCGGCGAUAACAGGUCACCGAAAUAACUUCAGACCUAAGGUGACCUGCUGUUGGAAUAAGAAGAGGCGAUUUGGUCAGUUAACAGUGAGAGGUGUUUUGGCCAUAGGUCCAUAUUUUGGAUGAAUUGCUAUACGCUCAGUUCAACGAACAGCAAGAGGCUCCACUAGCAGAUUGAUAUCAUGCUACUGUCACCUAGCAUUGAGGAAUCGCGAAAGGCUAUCCGUCAGCUCAUGAAUAAAAUACGACUAGUGUGCAUUAA